AGUUCGCGGAAUACGGUGAAGACGCGAGUCGUCUGUUCGUCGCGCGCGUACGUAUGUAUACGGUGCUUCACGCUCGACGACGUUUCAUCGCCUCUCGCUGUCGGAGAGGGAGAAAGAGAGAAAGAAGAGAAGCCUCGAAGCGUGUCCAUACCGUUGUCACCCUCCGUUUGUUCGUUCGUUCGUUCGCGCUGUGAGCUAGCUGCAAGUGACAACCCUCUGAAGUAGAAGCUUAUCGCUUUCCUGUCGACCGUCACUCGUUAAGUGCGGUGUGACUCGUACGAGCGACACUCGACGAAUGACGAGAAGCAAAGGGCCUCCGAUAGGGCCAGGUAACGAUCCGACCGAAGGAAAAUCGGAGUCGUAGGCGGGGCCUAAGGUCGGGGACACGUGACACGGAAACUGUCACGCCGCCCUUGUCCUCCCCUCUCUCGCCCCCUCCACUCGACCGAAAAGCACCGAGCCAGCGAUACGAGCGUCGCUUCUACCAACCGACAGCGUGCCGCCAAACGCUUCUGUUCGACUCUUCGUCGACUCUUCGCUUCUUUAUCUCGAUUAUCUGCUCGAUCGAUUAAUUCUUUUCACACUGGAUAUGCAGGCGCACGAUCCUCUACGAUCCCGAUGCUCUUGUAUACACGCAUGCAUUCGAACGCCGCCAUCUCGUCCCUCCACGCCCGCUACGUUUAGAAUUUUGCCAAUGACUCACCGGAAGCAGUUUUAACGACACUUCAAAAUAACCGACAGGUACAUACGACUAAAUGUGAUACUGAAAUGCACGACAUUUCGUGACACGAAAAAAAAAAAGAAAAAAAUGGGAAUCGCGACGAUGUCGAUAAUAGUGUUUGUUACUAUAUUGACAGCUGUCUAUUGUCUAACCGCGUGACAUCUAGGAAGAUUUUUGAGAAUUAUGGUAAUAUUCGAACCGCGUUCGAUCGUAGCUCGCAGUAACGGAAAUUCUCGACGACGCGGUGUUCUCGUUACUCGUUCGACUCACUCUCGUUACAAGUUCGUUUUUCAACGCCCUUGGUUCGCUGCUUUUCGUACGUAUGAUGCUUGUUGGAAUCGCCGAUCGUCGCAGUACAUUCGCGGUUCGUAGUUUGCCGAUGAUUCGACCGACAUCCGACGCGGUCGAAUUCGCGGUCUGACGCGAGUCGUACGUCCUUGGGAAGAUGCAGCAGGGUAGCGUAGGUGACGGGGACUCAGCCCCGAAUUCGAAGAAUUCGCCGAGAAAUCCCUGCCCGAGCGACGCCGACGGCCAGGUUCGAGUUAAAGUCGAGGCGCCCGAAUCGACAGAGGCGUUCGACGUCAAACGAGAGCCUCAAGACGAGUACCACGCUCUCCACCAUGAUUACCAUUACGACAAAAAGCCGAUCGUCCCGCCUCCGACGAAGCUCGAUGGAAAUAUCGAGAUCAUUAGCCAGUGUCAGACGCCGCAUCAAAGCUAUCAGCCGCGACCGGUAACAACUGGGCUCUUGAACUCUUACGGAUUCCCGCAUUUUUAUGGGCCAUCGGCGAUGCUGCCUGCGUCAUUUCAUGGCGCCAGACCGGACCGACCAAUCGGGAAGAUUGACGAGCGCGAGCACGAACAGGAACGUUACAGAGUGCCGGUGUCCAGUGUCGCCACCAGUGACAGUGUUUAUCUUCACGAUUCGCACAGAUACGAGAUUGGUGAUUACCAUGGGAAAGGUUAUUCGGGAAUGUCUUACGCCGCGUUUCGGCCGGCGAUGCAGCAGCGUACAGCGGUGUACUCCAGUCAUCAUAACAACAGUGGCUAUACGGCUGCGCAGUAUCAUAACAGGAAGCGCAAAUGGAGCGGUGCUGCACUACGCGGAAUGCCACCGUCGAUGCCUUGGCCAACGUGGUUCUACCGACCGGAUUUCCCUCUCGGCACGUCGCUACCUGCCAGCCACGUUUCGAACGCCAGCAGUGUUCCCACUUCGUCGCCUUUGUGCUCCAGAAGUCACUCGCAACCGGAAGCGCCUAAGGCUCCUGAUUUUCUCGAUGGCAGCAAAAUUCACGGGCAAACUCCGACGAUAUGCACGACACAAAUAAUUUUAUAA